AGUGACUUAUUGAAUCUUUUAAGCGCACAUAUGCUGGACAAACUGGUUCGCGAAGCAAAAUGGUGGAGCGAGACAUUCGUUGGUCUUGUUAAGGUUAUUGCUAGUCCCAAUGCUCCUAUUCCUCCAACAGUUAUUCACCCACGUCAACCAGCUAUAGCAUCGACUCCAGCUGAAAGAUUCCGAUCGUUUCCAUUCCGUUGGUGGUGGAAAUUGUGUCCAUUUAAUCGUAAUAUUGUGAUUUGGAUGACGAUCUUAAUUCCGGUGUAUGUAUUUAUGGUUCCGCGAGAAAUUUGGAAAGCCAUGAUGGUGCAUCAGGUUCCUGAGCAUAUAUCUUUACACAUUAGACGUGGAAAAGCACAGCGCAUACAAGAUGAGCUGUAUUUUGCGAAAUACGAUCCUUUUAGGGAGGAAACUCCAGUUGGUAUUAGGAAAUAA